AUGGUCCAGCCAUCCAACAACGUAGGGCCCUCUGCGGCAAAUGGGGUUGUCGAGCCCACGGCACCGUCCAGUACCCAAGUCGAGAAGCCGCCCGACGACACGUCCAAGCUUAAGACGUUCCUCGGCGUGUUGCGGAAGUUCAUCGGUGUAGCCGAUCUCGCCUCCGUCCGCUUUUCUCUCCCCGCACACCUGCUGGAACCCACGCCGAAUCUUGAGUACUGGAACUAUCUCGACCGACCCGAGACGUUUAUCAGUAUCGGAGACUCGGACGAACCCCUCGGCCGUAUGCUCGGGACCCUGCGAUUUUGGUUCACAAAGGAUUUGAAAUAUGUCAAGGGAAAGCCCUGCAAACCUUACAACUCCACACUCGGUGAAUUCUUUAGGUGUAACUGGGAAGUCGAGGACUCGUCCCCUCCUCUCAAGCACACGCCCAGCUCGGUUCCCUCAAGCAGUUCCACAAGCACCUCGGGCGAGAACAGAGUCAUCAAAGUUUCUUACCUCACCGAGCAGACCUCACAUCAUCCUCCCGUCUCGGCCUUCUAUAUUGACUGCCCUCAGAAGGGCAUCGUUGCCCGCGGAUACGAUCAACUCAGUGCAAAGUUCACCGGCACGAGCAUACGAGUAAUAGCAGGAGCACACAAUCUCGGCAUUUUCAUCACGCUGCAGAAUCGCGACAACGAGGAGUAUCAGUUGACCCAUCCCGCUGCAUAUUUGGGAGGUCUCCUUCGAGCAGGCUCCCUUAGCGUCUCGGUUGCGGACACAUGCUAUGUGACCUGCGUGAAGACAAAGAUAAAGGUCAUAUUAGAGUAUCUCGAGGAGGGAUGGUUAGGACGGGCACAAAAUAAGGUUAUUGGUGCCAUCUUCACCUACGAUCCUGACAAUGAUACCAUGAGCAAGGUUAGAGAUGUCCCUGACAAGCUCGUUCUCGCACGGAUCGAAGGCAACUGGCAAGACAAGAUCUACUACACCCUCGGGAGUCAGCCCUUUAACAAGUCCUCCGAGAAAAUCUUGCUGAUUGACCUCCACCCCCUUCACCCGGUCCCCAAAGUCAUCCCACCUAUGGAACAACAGCUCCCCAACGAGUCGCUCAAGUUCUGGAACAACGUUACCAAUGCGAUCCUCAACAAGCAGUACUCGUUAGCCACAUCGCUGAAACAGGAGAUUGAAGAGCGGCAGAGGGCAAAGGCAGCCGAACGUAAAGCACAGGGCAAGGAAUGGCAACCCCGUUUCUUCACAGGUGCUGUGACGCCCGUUGGCAAGCCAAAUCUGACAGAGGAAGGUGAGAAAGCCUUGAAAGGACUCCACGAGGGGCGAUAUGAGUUGGAACCUAAUAAAGAGUUGGGUGCCUAGAGAGACAGUCUUAUUCCUGUCGGGGAGUUUGGAUAUAACCGGCAGUCACUCGUUUCAUGGGUUUCCCUUUUCGCAUCAAGCCAUGUUUGG